GUAUUAUAAGAUUAAAGUAGUAAAAAAAUAAUAAUAAAAAUUUUAACUUUUAACAGGGAGAAAUAAAAAAUAAAAAAUUGAUAUAUUUUAUCUUAACUUCCGUUGUACAGACUUUUAAAGAAUUUAUAGAUUUAUGGAUGAACUUUAGUUCGAUCUCGUGUGUCAAUUGGGUUAGACAAAAAAAAUUUUUAAUAUUAUAAUAACGAUUGUUUAAUAUAUAUAUUUUUUUUAAUGAUUGUUCAGUAACGCGUGCAAAUAAAAGAAAUAAAAGAGAAAAAGAAAAAAAUAAACAAUAUGAUAAAGAUUAAAUGCUUGAGUAACGGGUGCAAAUUUUUCAUCAACACAUAAAUUAUUAAUUGAUGAAAGACUUAAUUAAUUUGUUUUUUUUUCUUUUUUGUUAAUUUUUAACAUUUUUUUUAUUGACUUAUAAAUUAUUUAGUCAAUAAUCAACAUGUCCGAGGAAAGAGUCAGUCUUUUUACAGAUCAAGCAAAGUAUGGAUAUGGAACUGGACUUCAUGCAAAUGAUACACAAGAAAAUGGAUCGAGUGUUGGAUCAACAAAAAAAGUUAUAUUUUGUGUUCAUGGUAAAUUAUCUGGAUGUUGUACAGUUUUAUCUGGUGUAAGUGAUGAAGAAAAAAAUAUCGGUGAUCAUCUUAACAAUAUUCCACAGUUUGAAGAUCAUUGUCAUCGAGAUCGAAAUGAUGAAAUUGAUAAAAAAGCAAGAAAAAAAUUGAUAAUUGCAUGUGUACUUUGUGUUAUUUUCAUGAUCAUUGAAGCAGUUGGUGGUUUUUUAUCAAAUAGUUUAGCUGUUGCAACAGAUGCUGCACAUUUAUUGACUGAUUUUGCAUCAUUUUUGAUAUCGCUAUUUUCCAUAUGGGUUGCAUGUCGUCCAGCAACUAAAAAAAUGCCAUUUGGCUGGUACAGAGCUGAGGUAAUUGGAGCAUUGACGUCAGUACUUCUCAUCUGGGUUGUAACUGGAAUUCUUGUUUACUAUGCAAUAAUAAGAUUGAUUGAAAAAAAAUACGAAAUUGAUACAACAAUAAUGUUAAUAACAUCAGCAAUUGGUCUUCUUUUUAAUAUUAUAAUGGGAUUGACUUUACAUCAACAUGGACACAGUCAUGGUGGUUCUAGUCAUGGACAUAGUCAUAAUCAUGGAAGUGAUCAUAGCCAUGGUCAUGAAGAAAAAGAAAAUAUAAAUGUUAGAGCUGCUUAUAUUCAUGUUAUUGGUGAUUUUAUUCAAAGUGUUGGUGUUCUUAUUGCUGCUGUUGUUAUUUAUUAUGAUAAAAAUUUAGCUUGGGUUGAUCCAGUUUGUACAUUUGUGUUUUCAAUACUUGUUAUAUUUACAACAGUUGCUAUUAUUAAAGAUGUUAUUAAUGUACUUAUGGAAGGUAUGCCAAAAGGUUUUGAUUAUACGGAAAUUGAAUCAACAUUUAUGGAAAUAAAUGGUGUUGUUAAAAUUCAUAACUUGAGAGUUUGGGCAUUGUCACUUGAUAAAUCAGCACUAUCAGCUCAUCUUGCAAUAACACCUGGUACUAGUCCCCAAGAAAUUCUUCGAAAUGCGACUAAAAAAAUUCAUGAUCAUUAUAACUUUUUCGAAAUGACACUACAAAUUGAAGAAUUUAAUGAAAAAAUGGAAAAUUGUAAGCAGUGUAAAUCACUUCAAUAACACUUUGUAUUUUUUUUUUUUUUUU